AUGAACUCGAAAAUUGCGAGGUGCGUCUAUAGUUUCCGGCCGGACUGUACACGCGGUGGAUGCAGUGCCAGUUCAACGACUAGAGCGCUGGAGGCGCUUCACGACGACGUCCAACUACUCUUGCACGGACACCACCUCGACAAGUACCUGUCCAGCACAACUAACCAUCCCACCAACCGCAAUCUGCCGUACACCCAGCAAAUCCAGCUCGGGAUUGCUUUCCUUACAGAGCUCCAUUGUCCAAUUGGGACGCGCGAAAUACUGUUGGAGAGGCUCCGACGCCUUCGCAAGCGAGGCAAUCAAUGGAUCGCGGAGUACUCUGUGGAGUUCAACCGCUGGCUACGAAAACUCAGUAUCCGACAAGCCAGUGAGAAGGAGCAACUGUCCACCAACGACCAGCUCCAGAUCUACAAAAGCGCCAUGCCCACGAAUUUCCAAAUCGAAUUUCGAAAGAAAUUCGGGGUCAGGGUCUUCGAAUGCAUUGAAGACGCCGAAGCAGCAUUCACCACGAUCGAAAAUGAUUUUUCAUUUAUUCGGGGAUUGGAAAAUGUAAAACCCAACGCGGCUCCGACUAAGCCGGACAAGACCAAGACCAAGUUCAAGGAAGACAGGAAAACAACGACCUCCCCCCACGACAGGCAAGCCAAGCGGUCAGCGAAGACGUGCCGGUUUUGCGAGUCCAAGAACUACAAGGCGGACAACCAUUCGUCGACGGACUGUGGACGGCAUGACAACCCCAAGAACGCGGACCGCGAGGAGUUCGACACUCCUGCCACGAAGAAAAAGUUCAGAAUAGGCAAGGGCAAGGAUGUGGCGCCCAUGAUAGCAGAAAUCGAGCUGUUACAAACGAAGCUUAAGCGGGCAUCAGCAUCCGCGGUAUUGCAGAGCUCCCUCGACGACUCUGACGUGUGCGCCAUGGCAAUCGAUGGUGGGGUCGUGGGGGCGCCAACAGACCAACAACGCAUUACGAUGGAAGUUCGUGUGGCACUGGAGGGUAGUAGUCAAGUUAAUGCGGACACAGUCGCCCGGGGAGUAGACAUGCUCGAUGCGGGACUUGUUUUCGCGGUCGUUAUCCUUGCGCAUUUGUUUAACCGUGCGUUGGUGGGCAGCGACUCCCUGCCCACCGCGAGUGCAAAAUCAAAGAACAUGUUGCGGCCAAAAGCAAAAAAGCUGCUGCCCCCGGAGUGA